AUGCCAGAGUCGAGUGCGCUGGGCGAGCUGUUCAUCGAAGGCCCUUCUGAUCCUGAUGCGCAAGCUACGGUUACAGACUUCAUCGACUACACUGAAUAUCUGCCUUCAGACCUCGUUCGUUCGCUGACCUUGAUCCGCGGCCUCGAUGAACGGUAUAUCAAUGCGACAGCUUCCGUCCAUGAGCUCACAAAGGUCUAUGGCGAGCUUCCAACUCUUCCCGCAGAGUCUCGCCCGCAGCCUCAUAUACUUCGCAGGCAGAUAUCAGAGCAAUUGCGACGCGCAGUCAACGCCCGUGAAUCGGCCUAUGCGGAGUCCUGCCGUCUCUACGACCUAGUGGAUCACUAUGUCGACCGUCUUGGGAGUAUAAAGUCGAAGCUACGUGCGAUACUGGCGAAUCUAGAUUUGGAAAAGGAUGAAGAAGCUGCCGAAAAGAGACCAGGCACGGCCGAGGGAACAGCUACAACGCCACGGAUCACCUUACGUGUGGACGGCCAGAAGUCUCAGGGAACUGUUCGGCGACAGGAUACGGCAGUCCAGAAGAAAGGAAGAAACCAGAAGCUGCCGGCCACUCCUAAACCCGGUGUUGCGUUGUCGGAGACCCCAGGAACAGCGUCAGGUCUACUACCAGCUAUACCCUCAGACCAAGCCUUGGAAACGACCAAGAAGGAAAAACAACCCAAGAAUAGGAAGCCGGCGCGACCUGCAGAUAAGCCGCCUACUGAAGCAGCUAAACCAGCCCCGAUUUUGGAACCUCCUCCAGCAGACGCUGUGAUCGGUGGUGAGUAUAGGCCGUGGCUGCGACUGACGGAAUGGGAAAUGGCACGGCUACGGAAGAAGAUGAAGAAGAACAACGUCUGGCAGCCCAGCGACGUCAUGAUCCAGCGAGAGCUGGCCCUCGGUGCUCGUGGCUGGGAUGGCUAUCUGGCCGCCAAACAAAAGGCCGAGGAAGAAGGCACCGAGUUUGUGGAUUGCGAUGAUAUAGCAAAUACUUACUCCCCUGACCAGCCGGCCUACAAGGGCGCAGGCAUGCCGCCGCAGUACAGGAGUGAGGAAAGCAAAACUAUUCUCAAUCGAGGUAUGAAACUCAACGAAGCAAAGAAGCAAAAGCGUGAGAGCUUGGCCCGAGAACAAGCUGCUGCCCAGGCCGCAGCAGAGGCGGAAAUGGCGGCAAAACGUCUUGGGAAUAUCGGAUCUACCUUCAAGAAUCUGUUCUCGAGCCCUGCACAGCCAUCGCAGACACCGGCUCCCACUCUACCAGCACCAUCUGCGCCAUCUGCUGUUCCUGAUAGCGCUCACACUGGACCUUUAGGCACUAUUGACAAUAAUAAUGCUUCUCUGGCUAAUGAUUCAACAGCUACGCCUAGACUGAAGAUCAAACCGAGCACGUCCAAGAAGAGGAAACUCGAUGAAUUGGCUGAUACCGCAGCUCCCGGACAAGAAAAGGGCACAUCACGGCCUACAUCUGCUGGCGCCAGCAGCCCAUCCACCAACCCUCCUCCGCCGAAAAGGCUACAGCUUACAAUGCCAGCUGCUGAGAAUCCUUCCGCCGGAACGAAGAAAGCUUCCAAACCCACCAUAUCUCUAAAGCUCCCCGUCCUUCCAUCAAAACCGGGCUCCAAGCUUUCUUCACCCAUGACAUCGCCUGCCGAGCCAAAAUCGGCAGUCGAACCCUCGACCCGCCGUCGUCUCUCUGUUAUCACCAAGGCUAUACGCAGCGCCACUCCUCCGGGCGCAGCAACAAGGACAUCGUCCCGUCGCCGUUCAAUUACAUCCACUUCAAUUGAUUCUACAACCCGUGAACGCCUUCGACGUAAAAGCACCACUCCAGCCGUCAAGGACCUCUCUCUUAACCAACCAGUCACACCAACCACCGCCGGCGCAGCAUCAUCGGCCGUAACAGCAGCUGGACGACGCAGCAAACGGCCUGCUCCCGGCCCUGUGACGGCCGGAGAAAACGGAGGCUCGGCAGUAAGCAUAGGCAAACGCAAGGCCAAACCGGCAGUCAAAAAGAAAAGAGACCAAAGGGACAGCAAUAUAUCGUCCAAGUCAGAGGAUAUACGUAUCGACGAGGAUGGUGUACUAGAAGAAAUCGAUCCGAACGAACCACGAUACUGUCUCUGCGGAGACGUGAGCUUUGGAACCAUGAUAUGUUGUGAAUACCAUGAUUAUAGUGACGCACCCUACUAA